AUGUUGCAUCAGAAGCAAGCAGAAGAAGCUAUUGUCAGUACCUUCAAUGAGACUGAACAUGACGGCGGUGGUGGCAAGGAGGAGGAGCAAGUGGAGGAGCAGCCUAUUUUCAGUGUCAAGAGCUUCCUCUGGCACGGCGGCUCAGUCUAUGAUGCUUGGUUUAGUUGUGCUUCAAAUCAAGUAGCACAAGUUCUAUUGACAUUGCCAUAUUCAUUCUCUCAACUGGGAAUGCUAUCUGGAAUUUUGCUUCAAAUAUUCUAUGGCAUACUGGGUAGUUGGACAGCCUACCUCAUUAGUGUUCUCUACGUGGAAUAUCGAAGUCGAAAGGAGAAAGAAGGUGUUAGCUUCAAGAACCAUGUCAUUCAGUGGUUUGAAGUGUUGGAUGGAUUAUUAGGUCCUUAUUGGAAAGCAGUGGGUUUAGCCUUCAACUGUACUUUUCUACUAUUUGGAUCUGUCAUCCAACUCAUAGCUUGUGCAAGUAACAUAUAUUACAUAAAUGAUCGAUUGGACAAGAGGACAUGGACUUACAUAUUUGGAGCAUGCUGUGCCACUACAGUUUUCAUUCCCUCUUUUCACAAUUACAGAAUAUGGUCUUUUCUAGGACUUGGAAUGACAACAUAUACAGCUUGGUACUUGACCAUAGCAGCCCUGGUCCAUGGGCAGGUAGAAGAUGUGCGACACUCGGCUCCAACACAGCUAGUUCUAUACUUCACUGGCGCCACCAAUAUUCUAUACACCUUCGGUGGACACGCUGUUACUGUGGAAAUUAUGCAUGCAAUGUGGAAACCUCAAAAGUUCAAGUAUAUUUACCUAUUGGCUACUUUAUAUGUUUUCACUCUAACUUUGCCAUCGGCUUCUGCUGUCUACUGGGCGUUCGGCGAUCAGCUCCUUAACCACGCCAACGCCUUCUCCCUCCUCCCGAAAAACGGCUGGCGCGAUGCUGCCGUUAUUCUUAUGCUCAUUCACCAGUUUAUUACAUUUGGAUUUGCUUGUACACCAUUGUACUUUGUGUGGGAGAAGGUGAUAGGAAUGCAUGACACAAAAAGCUUAUGUUUGAGGGCACUUGCAAGGCUGCCAAUAGUGAUUCCAAUCUGGUUUUUGGCCAUUAUUUUCCCAUUCUUUGGCCCCAUAAACUCUGCAGUUGGGGCACUUUUAGUGAGUUUCACAGUCUACAUAAUACCAUCUCUUGCCCAUAUGCUUACUUACCGAAAAGCCACUGCUCGUCAGAAUGCUGCAGAAAAGCCUCCGUUUUUCUUGCCAAGCUGGACAGCCAUGAAGGGGCUUCUCUCCAUUAUCUUCGCCGCUAACAUUGGCGACGAUGAGUUCGACUGGAUGCCAGUGAAACCACAGUGGCGCUCAGAUAACGAUCGUCGCUACUGCACUCAAAUGGACAGUGAUGGUGUUUGGUGA